CUUUGUGGAGGACAGACUACUGCGGCGUGAGCACAUUAAGGCGUGAUGGCCCGUAUUAAUAAGGUCUGCUUAAUCUUGCUGCCUUUCUUCGUUUUUUGUGCAGUAUCAGACGGGUUACUGGUGACACUUCUUUGUUUUUCUGGUCGACCAAAUAUUUGGUGGAAUAUUCCAACUAACCACAAAGGCUUGGGAGAUAUACAGACCAGUCUGACGAAAGCGAGGAAAGAACAACGUACUUAUUCUCUAAAAAGGAUGCCUUUGAGGCUUGGAUACAGGGGAUUCGUAAUAGGCAUUGGGGAGUUGGUAGUGGGUACCGCAUCUAAAAAACUUCAAUUGCUUUUGCUUGAUACCAUUCCAAAGAACCAACUGCCGGAUACGUAUAUAGUUGGGCUAAAAAAAGCGGUUGACACGGUAGAACCGAUGGCGGACGAUGAUAGAAAGAAACGUUUUAUUCCCCCGUACCGACCCGGUCUAUGGAACGUUUGGCCUGCAGUUAUAACUAACAACUGUUACAACUAUGCCACUAAUAGAAUGACGUUCACCUUUGCACAGCCUGGAAGAGCUGCGGGUCAGAUAUAUGCAGCAAUGACUCCCGAUGCUGUGCAAGCCGCAGCAGAAAGAGAUGGAUUGGUAGCCAUGGAACAACUCAACCUGCCAGAGAAAUCGACCGAUUUUGUGGUGGCUCUUGUUGUCGAGCGGGCUGUUGACUUCCACUGGUUUGUCCUAAACGAAAACAGUGAGUGGUCCCACAAGCCUGGUCAAACCCCCGCGACUAAUCUCGAUAAUUCCGGAAAUGAGAUAAGGAGUGUUCCAGAUUGUGAUAUGGGUGGCUAUGUAUUCGUCACCUACAUGAAGGUCUCCACUGCUGUUGUGAUCUUUUGAUCACAAAGAGUUCGUUUCGCACAUUGUGUAACCCUAUGGUUUUAAGCUAUAGCUUUGUAAAGCUAUUUCAAAUAAAAGGGUAUUGUUUAAUCAC